UCACCCUCAUAAGAGAAACUCUCUCGCUCUCUCAUACACUCGCUUUUCCCCCAUAAACAAACCUCCCCCAUAAUGCGUUUCUCUCUGUGAUCCUCCAAGAAAACAAGAAAGGGGUUCUUGGAAAAACUCAACUUCUCAUGGCCUCUGGGUUUUCAGGCGGUGGCGGUGGCGGUGGCGUCCAAGAUUUCUACACCAAUAGAUCACCUAUUAUACCCACCAUGAACCUAACAAAUAACCACCACAACCCAUCAUCACUGCCUCCUUAUAGAACCAACCAAAUUUUUCUUGACCAAAAUUUGUCUUCUCAUAAUUACCAACAGAUCGCUCAACAUAGAGCAAUCUUUACCACAACCACCGCUACCACCACCUUGAUCGGCAAGCGAACACUCGCCGAUUUUCAAGCAUUUCAACAAUCACCACCGCAACAAAACCUGCUAAACCAAGCAGCACUGAACAAUCUUCUUCUCCGGUCUGUAAAGCCGAGGAUUAAUAACAAUAUUUUCCAACAGAACACGUCUCCGAUUUCCACCCUUGAUUUCUCUUUUAGCAACCUGUCUCCUGAGCUCCCUUCCUUAAUGUCUCAACGUUACGGGCUCCCUCUUCUUCAACAGCUUCGACCCCAACACCACCAACAACAUCAGCAGCAGCCCAUGAAUCUAAUUAGUCCUAUUGGUAUCAUCAACAACAACAGAAGCAGCAACAACAGCAUGAUGCCGUAUGUGAAUAUGUUACAGAAUCAAAACGGAGGAGGAAAUGGAAUAGUUAUGGGCCAAGAUCGGGAGAAAAAGAUGCUGAACCAGCUUCAAGAACUGGAAAAACAGCUUCUUGACGACGACGACGAUAACCAAGAAGGUGAUGCCGUCAGUGCUAUAACGAACACUAACAGUGAAUGGUCUGAAACAAUACAUAAUCUCAUCACUUCUUCUUCUUGUAAUAAUCCGAUUUCUCCAUCACCCACUUCAUCAUCUUCAUCCUCAUUUUCAACGGUCACAACUCCGGUUUCGAAACAGACAGUAAUCGAAGCAGCAACAGCAAUUUACGAAGGUAAAACUGAUGUUUACACUGAGAUCUUGACUCGUGUGUCUCUGGUUUCGAGCCCAGGAGGGAAUUCUGAGCAGAGAUUGCUUGAGUACAUGUUGAUGGCUUUAAAAUCCCGGCUUAAUUCUUCUGAAAACACAACUUCUGUAAUGGAGCUGUAUAGCAAGGAACAUGUGGAUGCAACCCAGUUGUUAUACGACCUGUCUCCUUGUUUCAAACUUGGUUUCAUGGCUGCCAAUCUUGCCAUCAUUGACGCUACAAGAGAGCAAGAACAAGAGGCGAACACUUCCAGCAAUGGCUUCCAUGUUGUUGAUUUUGAUAUUGGUCAUGGAGGGCAAUACAGGAACCUUCUACACGCGCUUUCUGGGCUUCAGAAUUCGAAGCCAGCCAUUGUUAAGAUCACAGCCGUUGCUGUUGAUAGCAAUGGCGUAGACGAGGAGAGGCUGAGACUAGUUGGUGAAAUGCUUAGCCAAUUCGCUCGUCGAGUUGGUCUGAAUUUGUGUUUCAACGUUGUGAGCUGCAAACUCAGUGAGUUGACUCGGGAGUCCCUCAGGUGCGAGCCGGACGAGGCAUUGGCUGUCAAUUUUGCGUUCAAGCUGUAUAGAAUGCCGGACGAGAGCGUGUCCUCCACCGAGAAUCCCAGGGAUGAGCUUUUGAGGCGCGUGAAGGGGCUGGCGCCGCGCGUGGUGACUGUAGUGGAGCAAGAAAUGAAUACCAACACGGCCCCAUUCAUGGCGCGCGUGAACGAAUCCUGUUCAUAUUACGGAGCUCUAUUCGACUCGAUUGAGUCAACGGUUAAAGGGGAUAACUCGGAGCGAGCCAAGGUCGAGGAGGGACUGGGGCGGAGGAUAGUAAACUCGGUUGCUUGUGAAGGGAGGGACCGUGUUGAAAGAUGCGAGGUGUUUGGAAAAUGGCGGGCCCGGAUGGGCAUGGCAGGGUUCGAGUUAAAGCCUCUGAGUCAAAACGUAGCCGAGUCGAUGAAAACGAGAUUGAGUUUAGCAAAGAGAGUUAACCCAGGAUUUAGUGUUAAAGAAGAGAAUGGUGGGGUGUGUUUCGGUUGGAUGGGAAAAACUCUCACAGUCGCAUCUGCUUGGCGUUAACUUCACUUCUUUCUUUUAUAUUAUUAUUAUUAUUAUUAUUGCUGUUGUUAUUAAUUGUUAAGUAUAUGUAUACUUAUUUUUAGUAUUAUUUUUAACUUUUUUUUUUUUUGCUUAUGAAAAUGGAAAGAAAAUCCACCAAACGAAAUAAUAUAAAAGGAGUGUUUGGAUGAA